UAUUGUAUUAAGAUGUACUAUACUAACAUUCCGAGGAAUCCGGGGCACGGCUAUCAUUUUAGGAUCCCCUGAAAGAGUUUAAGUUAGAAAAGAUUGAUUGAAGAGUUUUCAAAUGGCAACGCUCGAAGAUAAAUCUAUUUGGGAGGAUGGCGAGGAGACACUGGGCGAAGAUGUUCUGCGAAUGUCCACGGACGAAAUCGUAUCACGUACGCGACUUCUGGAUAACGAAAUCAAGAUAAUGAAGAGUGAAGUGAUGCGGAUUUCGCAUGAACUCCAGGCACAGAAUGAUAAGAUCAAGGAAAAUACAGAAAAGAUCAAGGUAAACAAGACCUUACCAUACCUAGUGUCCAACGUCAUCGAGUUGUUAGAUGUCGACCCACAGGACAUGGGGGAGGAAGAUGGGGCAGUGGUUGAUUUAGAUGCGCAGAGAAAGGGCAAGUGCGCAGUUAUAAAGACGUCGACCCGUCAGACAUACUUUCUACCUGUGAUCGGUCUGGUUGACGCCGAAUCGUUGAAGCCAGGUGAUUUAGUGGGUGUGAACAAGGAUAGUUACCUUGUACUGGAGACUCUACCAGCCGAAUACGAUGCCAGAGUCAAAGCCAUGGAAGUGGAUGAAAGACCUACAGAACAGUACUCUGAUAUUGGUGGACUGGAUAAACAAAUUCAGGAGUUAAUUGAAGCCGUUGUAUUGCCCAUGACGCAUAAAGAGAAAUUCGAAAAUCUAGGAAUACAGCCGCCUAAAGGCGUUCUCCUUUAUGGCCCACCUGGAACUGGGAAGACUUUGCUAGCUAGAGCCUGUGCUGCCCAAACAAAAUCUACCUUUUUGAAACUUGCCGGUCCGCAAUUAGUACAGAUGUUUAUUGGUGAUGGCGCGAAAUUAGUCAGAGACGCGUUCUCAUUGGCCAAGGAGAAAGCACCGGCAAUAAUAUUCAUUGAUGAGCUAGACGCUAUCGGCACAAAGCGUUUCGAUUCAGAGAAAGCAGGUGACAGAGAAGUACAGCGCACUAUGUUGGAGCUAUUGAAUCAAUUGGAUGGUUUUAGUUCGACUGCUGACAUCAAAGUAAUCGCCGCCACGAAUAGAGUAGAUAUUUUAGAUCCAGCGUUGUUGAGAUCCGGACGCUUGGAUAGGAAAAUCGAGUUCCCACAUCCUAAUGAGGAGGCCAGGGCACGCAUCAUGCAAAUUCAUUCACGCAAAAUGAAUAUGUCGCCUGAUGUGAAUUUCGAGGAAUUAUCCAGAUCAACAGAUGAUUUUAAUGGAGCACAAUGCAAAGCUGUUUGCGUAGAAGCAGGUAUGAUAGCAUUACGACGCAAUGCAACAGAAGUGACUCACGAAGAUUUGAUGGAAGCUAUCAAUGAAGUCCAAGCAAAAAAGAAAGCAAAUCUGAAUUAUUAUGCUUAAUUAUUAUGCUCUAUCACACAUCAUUUAUUUAUUAAGCUAACUUUUGUAUAAUAAAUAUAGUAGAGAGAGAGAGAGAGAGAAAGAGGAGAAUAAAUCUUAUCUCAAUA